UGCUUUAAAAACCUUUCACCCUGGUUCUGGACCAUAUUGUAAUUCUUUGUAAACGAUCGACUUAGUCUCCACUUUGCAGUACCAAGGUAUUUCAUAUUAUCUUCGCAGAGUUCACGAUAGUCUUCAGCUUCACACUCAGUUGAAUAUUAUACUGUAGAAAUGGCGACCAUGAUGACCAGCCUGAACGUUGCCGCGGUGCAGCCCAUCAACGUGGUAUCCUCCACCAGCCAAGUGCAUUUGGGAUCAGUCAGCCGUCUCGGAGGUCUGAGGUUGAACGUCGCUCACUCCAGCUUCAGUCUCCGAUCUUCCCCCGCGCGCUCCGUCGUUGUGGUGCGCGCCGAGGAGGGCGUGGUCGACAAGGUGGAGAAUGCGGCGGGAGAUGCAGCCAACAAAGUGAAGGAGACCGCGGGAGCCGCCAAGGACAAGGUGCAGGAUGCCGCCGGUGCCGCCAAGGGCAAGUUAGAGGACGCCGGGAACUACUUGUCCGGAAAGGCUGGAGAGGCUCAGGACAAGGCGCAGGAUGUAGGGCGCGACGCCCAGAACGAGGCGGAGAAGCUGGGCGACAAGGCUGACGACGCAGGCAGGGACUUGGAGGGCAGCGCUAGGAAUGCGAGCAAGGACGCGAGAAGCGAAGCUGAGAAGCUUGGUGACAAGGCUCAGAAUGCCAUAGACGAUGCCAGGAACUCGCUGCAGAAGAAUGCAGAGAAGGCGAAGAGCAACGCUCAGGACGCGGGGAAGGAUUUGCAGGAAAAGGCUGAGAAUGCAGCGGAUGGUGCCCGUGACACAGCGCAUGACUUGAAGAGAGAUGCCCAGAAAGGCGCGGAUCGUAUUUCCAAUUAGAAGUGGACACAAGGAGCAAUCAUAGUAGAUGAAAUUGCAUUUCAUACUGUAGACACCUUAUCAGCAAUUUAGAGUUUACAAAGCAUGGUUGAACUGCCGCCACAAGAUACACACUUCGUUACAUUCAUACAAGCAAGUUUACGAAGAACCAACGUUUUAAUACUUCUUUCUAACUUGAAAUGCGGUCGGUACCCUUUUGAA